UCGCUCUCACUUCUUGCCCACAAAACUUCGUACCAAAUUACCAAUCGGCCUGGAAUAAUAACUAAUUUGGAUAGCGUCGCACCCGCCAUGGAGCAGCUGCAUGUGCAGCAGCCCCCUGACGUGAAGGAUCUCAUUCCCGACGGAUCAGCAUCGCUGGUCUGGGGCUGUUUGAGCCUCCUAGCUGCAGCUGUCGCGUGGCUGGGCUUGUUGGCUCUGUAUCGCCUGUUUUUCAGCCCACUGGCUGCAAUUCCAGGCCCCAGAUUGGCUGCUGCUACUGCUUGGUAUGAGUUCUACUGGGAUUGUCCCCGGAAGGGCCAUUACAUGUUUAAGAUUGAGCAGAUGCACCGGGAAUAUGGCCCUAUCGUGCGCAUCAAUCCGUGGGAAGUCCACAUCAAGGACCCCGCGUACUGGGACACUCUCUAUUCCAACAACAAACUCGACAAAGAUGCAUGGUACUACCGCGCCUUUGGCGACAAUCGAGGCACCGUGGGCACAGGCCCAUGGGAACUGCAUCGCCUGCGCCGCGGCGCCAUGGCCAGAUUCUUCUCGAGCGCCAACGUCUCGCGACUCGAGCCAAAAGUGCUGGCAAGAGUGCAGAAGCUGCUAGACCGAAUCCAAGAAGAGUACCAUGCUGAAAAAAAAAAAAUCGUGAUCCCCAUCUCGCACGCAUUUCGCUGCUAUGCGACAGAUGUCAUAUCCGACUAUGCCGCCCCGCACACCCGCGACUUUUUGAGUACGCCGGACUUUUCCGCGGCUUUUAAUCAGGUGCUGCGUGACUUUUCGGAGAUUAUGCUUUGGCAUCGCCAUAUUCCGAUUGUUUUUCCGCUGUUUGGUGCAAUUCCUCGGUGGCUGCUCUCUGCAAUGGAUCCGACAGGCGCCCAGGUUGCUGUGUUGGAUAACCAAGCUGCCUUGCUCACCCAAGCAAAGACGGUCAUCGAGACCAAGGGUAUCCCGCCGAAAAAGGCGUCGCCAACCGUGCUAGACGCUAUUUAUCAAUCUGAACUCCUCGGUCCGGAAGAAAAGACACUGCCGCGGAUGAUGGCAGAGACUCAAGCCUUACUUGGGGCUGGCACUGAAACUACGGGUAACACACUUUCGACAUUGACCUUUCACCUCCUGUCAAACCCGGCGAUUCUCCAGAAGCUGAAAGCGGAACUCAAUACUGCUGCUGCUGCCCUUGGUCGUGAAAGCUCUGGGCUGCUCGAGUUCAAGGUCUUGGAUAAGCUAUCCUAUCUCCAAUCCUGCAUCAAGGAGGCGCUUCGUCUGGCGAUCGGAGUCGUCGGUCGACUUCCUCGAGUCAACCCUGUUGCGCCCAUGUCCUACACAACACCGUCCGGAAAGACAUACAUCCUCCCACCCAACACGGCCGUAUCAAUGUCCAUCCGCGACAUGCAUAUAGACAAUACUAUCUUCCCAAACCCUCACUCCUUUAUCCCAGAGCGAUGGAUAGAAAGCAGCCCAGAUCACCUUCGGCAGAUGGAGAAGGCGUACGCGCCCUUUGGCCGCGGUGCGCGGGCUUGCUUGGGCGUCGAGCUUGCCAAGGAGGAACUCACCCUGAUGGCGGGUAACCUUUUUCUGCGCUUUGAUUUUGACUUGUUUGAGACGACGGCGCGAGAUGUUAGUAUCCUGCACGAUUAUUUUGCGCCGUUCGGGCCCAAGGAUAGUAAAGGGGUGCGGGUGACUGUGGUAAUAACCAAGAUGUCCCCCGCAAAAUCCAAAAAGAAAGCCUCAGCUCAACCGACAGCAACUGCAGCAACAAAUUCUCCCAACUGGCCAGCCCUCCGCCCAUUGGUCCCAUCCUCCGAUCUAUACAUUGAACCCAUCCUGCCCGACCAAAUCUACAUAAUCCGCAAUUUCUUUACUGCCAAUCUGUGCAAGGCCUACGUGGCAUUCCUCUCCUCGGCGGCCAUUUCACUAACGACCACGCCGCAAAAACCCAAAUCCAAGUAUGAGGCGGUGCGCGUCAACGAUCGGUAUCAGAUUGAGGAUGCGGGGUUUGCCGAGCUGCUUUGGAAUAGUACCGCGCUCAGGGAGAUUGUGAAUGAGCGGCGGGGCCUCGAUCUAGUAGAGGACGAGGGGGAAGACAAAGCAAACCGGUGUGUUUGGGGUGGGACUCCGUUGGGGUUGAAUUCGAAUAUUAGGAUAUACCGGUAUACGGCCGGGCAGUUUUUUGCACAGCACUACGACGAAUCCAACACAGUCCAGUUCAGCCCUCCCAAAUCAUCAUCAUCUCCAUCAUCACCAACAUCCAAACCCCAACCAGCACACACCACCUGGACGCUGCUUCUCUACCUGACUACGACAGAGGGAGGGGAAACGGUCUUCUAUCCCGACGACGGAUCGGCGCCCAUAUCCGUAGCCCCCGAAGUGGGCAUGGCGCUGCUGCACCGACACGGCGAGCAGUGCCUGCUUCACGAGGGGAAACAGCGUUUUGGAGCAUCUGAGAUGGCCUCACGCUCACCGCCUUUGCUUCUCUCUCGCUCUGGGCUCUGCUCUCCAUUUUCCCUUGUUGCAAGGUCACGGCCUCGAGAGAAAUCCCCCCAGCUGCAGCAGCGUGUCAUGUCGUCUUUGCAGACCAUGACGGCGCCAGCGGUGGGCCAUCGCCCUCCCGAUCCUGGCAUCGACCUCGAGCAGCAGCCGCUUGAUACCGAGAGCCAUCAUCACCAUCAUCAUGCCUUGCAGAAGAAUCGUGCCGCCGACAACAACCAUGGCGCAUCUCCGCACGCCCAAGUCUCCGACCAGCCGCCUAUGAAUCCUGUGCAGAAUGAAUUGCUGGUGGACGUCAAGAUGGAGGAAUCCGUCCCUGAAUGGGCGCCUGCCAAUGGAGAAGGGCAAGUCACCGCCCCGGCGGACAAGUCUGCGACAGAGACCGAAACACCGAUAUCCGAGAUUAAGAAACCGCAAGACAACGACGACGACGACGACGACAACAACAACAACAACAACGACAUUGGAAAAGGCCAGACGCAGGAUAAGCAAUCCGCUGCCACCUCGCUUCUCGCCCAAUUACUCGGCAAUGCGCAACAACCUGCUGCGGCGGCGGCGCCUUCCACGCCGGACAACCUUCCCCAGACGCCCCUACCGGAACCUCUGACGGAUGUAUCGACCCCCGUUGCGCCUCACGACGAAUCUUCUAAGAAUGAAGCAGCAGCCGCUACCGCUGCCGCUGCCGCUGAACCUCAUGCUAUGCUCGAAGUGCAGAAUGGUACCGCCGGUCCUGUUGCGGAGGAGACGCUGGAUAGUACCGCGCAAGGAACGGGCGAGUCGGCCCUGGAAGAAUAUACAGAUGCUAAUCUUCUAGAAGACCCAACAAGAAUCCCCGACAUGGUGUCUGGUGUGAUGGAGGAUCCGCUCUCCAAGUCUACUCACGAGCACAACGGGCUCUUCCCUCCCUUCGAUCCCGGAGCCGGAAUGAAGAACGCCCUGGACUCUCUGCAUCAGCACGAUAUGCUUGGUAGCGCUUUUUUGGCCCAUGAACUCAACAUGUCCGGUCUUCCUGUAUCCGGAAUUCCCGAUCUUUCAGACUAUGCCAAUCCAUUCAACGAAGUUGCUGCUUCCAUGGCCGGCUCUGAACCGCGCAUCCAGGCAUUUGCAAAACUGGAGUUUGAUGAUGGCCAUUUCUACGUCAAUACGUAUUCAUUUGUCCUGGGUCGAGAUGUCCGCGCCGCGCGAGCAGCCCACCAGCGUGAUAUGCAAGUCCGACAGGUCAUGGGCAGGCCGCCUAAAAACAAAAGCUCCAGCGGUGGUAAUACAUCCCACACCCCCAACCGAGUCAAAAGAGACGGCAGCGCAUACAUGGGGAGUGUUGUGAGCGAUCGAGGCGGUAUUAUGGGCUUUGACCCGGAUUUACCUCAUAUGAAUCAGAAAAGCCGCAGAUCAUCACUGUCAUCCCAGCCGGAAUCUGCACUUGCAACUCCUGCGCAGCUGCAGGCAAACCAUACAGACUACAACGCCCUUGCUAUGCAGUCAUUACACGACGGCGGCGGUGAUGCCAAACCGGUUGAUGCGCUGGCCCUGCUACCUUCACCUGAUGCCUGUCCGACCAUUCCUAUCCACCCUCCCGCAACUACGGAUGGCAUGGCCGCUGGACAUAAGGGUAUUUCCCGGAAACAUGUCAAGAUUUCGUACAACUUUGACAAGAGUCUUUUCGAAAUGGAGGUCAUGGGUCGAAAUGGCGCCUUUAUUGGUGCUGAUUGGCUUGCCCCCGGACAAGUCAGACCCUUGCACAGUGGAGAUUAUAUUCAAAUAGGAGGGGUCCGGAUCCGAUUCCUCCUACCUGAUGUGCCAAUUGGGGAGACAGGAGCUGAUCGAGUGGAAGAUACUUUGAUGGAAGAGGACGGCACUCUUUUGAUAGACGCCGACAAUGACAUGACUGGUGAGAUAGAUGCAAUGGAUCUAUCUGAUCUUGACAGUGCAGAUGAGGCGCAGCAGUCUAGGAUCACCAAACUGAUCCUGAAGACCAAAAACACCGGGGAUUCUCCCAACCCACCUACGGCAACAUCAGUUGAUGGAAACUCUGAGGCCCAACCAAGACGUCGAGGACCUGGCCGUCCUCCAAAGGAUGGCAUCAUGUCGAAACGGGAACGUGCCGAGAUUGCUCGAGAGCAGAAACUGGCUGCUAAACGUGAGGCUAACGGUGGUGUGACUCCGCCGCCGUCGAACCGAAUUAAGCCUCCUAAGCCACGCAAGGAGGAUUCGGUCGAAGAGCCUCCUUCUGCGAUAAAGCAGCCGGAGAAAAGAAAGUUCACCAAGCGCAAACAACCCGAUGGAACAUUUAUCGACGUGCCUAUUGAUUCUAUUGAAGGAGGCGAACCACUACCUCCCGAGCAGGUCGUGGAAUAUCCCAAGCCACCCCCUAAGAAACGCAAGCCGUCCAGAUCUCCGUCUCCAGACUACCCCCCGGAAUCUUCCUACACGCAGGACCAAUUGGCAAAGCCUCCUUACAACUACGCUGUUCUCAUUUUUGAUGCCCUGACGGAAGCUCGUGCUCCAAUGACCCUAAAACAAAUCUACCGUGCUCUCAAGCUGAAAUACCCGUAUUUCAGGUUCAAGUGCGAAACCGAAGGGUGGACGUCGAGUGUUCGUCACAACUUGAACGGCAAUAGGCAACUUUUCGAACAUGCAGAACGUGACGGCAAAGGCUGGUCGUGGCAGCUUCGGGCUGGUGCAUCAGUAGAAAAGGAAAAGAAGAGAAGACCUUCACCACCACCUCCGUCAACCCACCUCUCUCAACCGCCCUCUCACCAACAUUAUGUGCCGCCGACAAACAACCAUUACGCCAACCAAGGUGUUCCCAAUCAGCAACAGUUCCAGUUUUCGUCAAUGACCCCAACUCAUUACAACGCGCCUCCCCCUCCUCCAGUGCCUCAGCCAAAUACCUACAGGCCACCACCUCCUCCCCCUGCCCCUGCCCCUGCUCCUGUUGCUGCCCCUGCUCCCCCUCCUCCUGCUGCUGCACCCCCACCCCAAUCUUCCUUGCCAGCUCCCUUACGAAGUACCAACCUUCCUGCCCAGCAACCGCCGCCUUUACCACAGCAAGGACCGCAGCCCAUGCACAAUCAGCAGCAAACGUAUCAAAAUCCGAACGCCAACCCGAUGCCAUCUGGUCCACCACCGGCUUCUAACCACCAACGACCAAUGAACCAGGCCGAAGAACCGGAAUCAUCUGCCUCAUUUUUGGAGCGGGCAAACAAAGCUAUUGAUGACUUUGAAGCUGUGCUGAUGGAAGAUUACGACGACAAGGAUUACAUCCGAGAAGUCCUAAAGAGCGCACGUGCUCGGGCCUGGGGCCAUGCAAAGGAGAGUUCGUUUCCAGAUGGAGAGCCGAAGGAUGAAGCUGUUUUGCUCGAUGCUUUGUUGAAUCUCAUCGAAGGGUUGAGGGGUAGCAAUACUUCCUGA